GUUUUCAAGUGGAGAUAUCUCAACAGUCAAUAAUGGACAUCGUGUAAACCAUAAAUUGAUGUGACAAUCGGUUGUGAGAUUUGUCUUUGUUAUCCAGUGAGUUUUCUUGUGGGUAACGAAAACAAAUGAAUGAAAUUUGAACAUUGACUGUAGUUGAUUCGACCCAUAAAAUCAUUCAUUGCGUAAUAUAAUUAUGGGAUCCUCUUCAGAAUCGCUUCAAACUUUAUACACGACUUAAUGCUUACUCUUUUUCUAACGAAAAAUGAGUUAAAUCGAUGAUCAUGACGAAUGAUGAAGUUUUUCAAAGGCGAAACAAAGAGUUGUGAGCCAUCUAGCGGCCAAAUGCGUCGCGUAUGGAAAAAACAUUCGUCUCAAAAAGCUCUCGCCCUCCCCAGUUCUUCAGUUCUUUGUCUACAGAGUAGACGUCCCAAAACAUUGGGAGUCUGGUAGCCAUUGUAUAUCUAUUGUGUACAUUUAUUAGUUUGUGCUUUUGUUUAGUGUCGUUUAAACUGUCAUAUACGACAGUAUAUUCGUAGUAUUUCAUUCGUGGUGUGAAUUAAUAUCAUCGAGAAUUGUUUGCGACUGCGCUGUCACAGACGACAAUGGCUGCUCUCAAGUGCCACUGUUAUUAUUAGUUGUACAACUCUUGUACUAGUUGUACAGGGCUGUUCGACGUCGUAUCAGCGCUGAUGGAGUUCGAUUGCAUUAGUUGAUCUUCAAUCAAACGAUUGACAAAGUAAAAAUUCGCGAUGGAAAGUGUAGGCGAAUUCGAGUACAACGCCAAAGACCUGAUCGGCCAUGGCGCCUUCGCCGUAGUAUUCAAGGGCAGACACAAAAAGAAUUCGAGUUCCCCCGUCGCCAUCAAGUCUAUCACAAAGAAAAACCUUUCCAAAUCGCACAAUCUACUGGGAAAAGAGAUCAAAAUUCUCAAGGAGCUCUCCGAAGUUCAUCAUGAGAAUAUCGUGGCGCUGCUGGAUUGCCAGGAAACGCAGCAUCAUGUCUUCCUCGUCAUGGAAUAUUGCAACGGCGGAGAUUUGGCUGAUUAUCUUUCAGUCAAGGGAACGCUCAGCGAGGAUACGAUUCGCAAUUUCCUGAAGCAACUUGCUGGGGCGAUGAAAGCGUUGCAACACAAGGGCAUAGUCCAUCGUGAUUUGAAACCGCAGAACAUCUUGCUCAGUCACGCUGGCAAACCCAAUCCCCAGCCGAAUGACAUUCGCUUGAAAAUCGCGGAUUUCGGGUUCGCCCGGUUUCUUCAAGAUGGUGUCAUGGCAGCCACGCUUUGCGGCUCUCCAAUGUACAUGGCACCCGAAGUGAUCAUGUCACUUCAAUAUGACGCCAAAGCGGAUCUGUGGAGUUUGGGUACGAUCGUGUUCCAAUGUCUGACGGGACGGGCGCCCUUCACGGCUCAGACUCCACAAGCAUUGAAAAUGUACUACGAACGGAACCAUAAUCUCAGUCCCAAGAUACCUUCUGGCACGUCGCCCGAAUUGACUGCGCUGCUUACGGGAUUGCUGCGACGAAACGCCAAGGAUCGGAUGGAAUUCGACGAUUUUUUCAAUCAUUCUUUCAUACGGAAAUCGCAGACACCACCCACCACUCCGCCGUUGCCCGUCCCAAAUCUGGCUCGCCUUUCAACACCUCCAAAGACGCCGCCGGUCACAGUGCCUGCUAGGCCCGUGCCGACGGCUCCAGCCUCUCAAAACAACAACGCAACGACUCCCGAAGAGGCCGACGAUUUCGUGUUGGUACCGAGCCCAAGCCAGUUGCGUAGCGAGUCUAGGGGUGCGGUCGUUGGCGGUAUCAACCAGAAUGAAGGCGAUACACAACCAUUACCUGUUCCAUCUCAAAGAGAUGCCUUUAUCAAGAUGCAAACUUCGCAUCGCAACAGCGAUUACUCGCCCAUCGGCAGUCCAUCUUCCAGUCCAGGAGUCAGAGCCGCUCCAUUACCACGAUCGCAGCCAAUUAGUGUGGCUCAAAAGGCUACGUCACCGACUAAUGAUAGCAGCAACUCUAGAACCGGAGUCUCGGGAGACAUUAAUUCGCUCUCUCCUCCAUCGGUCCAAUUUUGCGUUGGCACUCCUCCCGGAAUCCCUGGUCGACGCCGAUCGACAUCCGGUAGCAGUUGCGGCACGUCGCCUCCUGCAUUUGCCGCACCUUGGCCGCAGUUGAUGACUUCGCCACUCCGUCGAACUGCGGGAAGUGCGGGUGUCGUUGCCCCCGCCGGUCCCUUGGCUCCCAUUAAGGGAUCGCCAAUCCGCAUUUCUUCUCUGGCCAAUGUUUCCGAAACAGCCACUACGCCAUCGAGCGGUGGAAUAGUCCAAUUGCGGAAUGUGGGGGGAUCUGGGGCGGCCGUGGAAUGGAAUCCUUUAGUUCACCAUCCAACUCGCACCAUGACCCUGCCCGAGUUCACUGCCUCGCCCUCGGUGACCAUGUGUGGAACGACUCCUAAUCAUGGAUUCCAUCGAAGCCAGACCGAGUACAUGGCCAGCUCGCCAAGUUACGGAGGAAACCGAAGCCCCAUGCAAUGUUUUGCAGGAGGGGGAUUGCAGAACAGUAAUGGCAGCAGCUGGAGUUUGCAACGGAAACCCAGUUUCGAUCAUCAAAUGGGAGCUUAUUGCUAUGGCACUUCGCCACCGAUGGAAGGCCCCAUCGUUUUUACGGCUCCCGAGCUGACACAGGAAACUCUUUUAGAGAAGGAGCACAACGACACGUUGGCUAAACUCAACUUUGUUUUGGCUUUGGUUGAGUGCAUUAUGGAUGUGGCUCGUAAUCGAGCCUCUCCACUUGCUGCUGCUCUCAACGAGUCGAUCCACACCCGCAAGAACCCCAUGGCCUCUUCACCUCCCGGGGAUGGCGCCAUUAGUCCGGCACACUCCGAUGCCCAGCGCAGAGCUGAGCAAUUGGUUUUGUACAUCCGUGCUCUUCAAUUGCUCUCGUCUGCUCUCAACUUAUCCAAGGAGGAAUUACAGGCCGAAAGGCUCCACCCUUCACACUCUGUCAAACAGGUUGUGGCCGUUUUGAACCAAAGAUUCCACCACUGUUUGUCUCAAUGUAAGCAGCUGAACGGCCAGUCACUGGCCCACCAGUUGGGCGAUUCAAAUGCCGCCCAAUUGACGGCUGAUAAACUGCUGUAUAAUCACGCCAUCGAUUUGUGUCAAUCGGCUGCUUUAGAUGAGCUCUUUGGCAAUCCGGCGAGCUGUUGCCGACGUUAUCAAACGGCCCAUAUUCUGUUUCACAGUUUGGCGCAGCAAGUGACUCAGCACGCAGACAAGUCCAUCCUUAAUAAAUACCGCGAGGCCGUGGAGAAGCGCUUGUUUGUACUCCAACAGCAAGGCUUUAUCAACGCCUAUGAUACUUCGUGACCUGCCAAAGGUUUUUUCUAAAAGUUUAUGAUCUCUCAUCUUUCCGACUAGGACGUCGUCGCGUGAAAAGAAGAAUUUACACGAGGAAAAA